AUGGCUGAGGCUCCAGCGGCCGCUCCGUCGCGCCUGGUCACGCCCUUGGUGUUUGGCGAGACCUUUGGCGCCAAUGACAUCUCCCUCUGGCAGCUCGAUGACCAUCUGGCCCAACAGAUUGACGCGGGUGCCCCGCUGGAGAUCAAGGCUGGGACCGAGAACGCAGGCGCCGUCUUGUGCAGCACCGAUGCCACCUACACGAUCAAAAUCGCCGACGUCACGGAUGCUCACUAUUUUGUACAGCCCGAAGAGGGAACGAAGGACCCCCUCGUCUUCUCUGAUGAGCCUCGUCACAUUCGUGGCAACGUGUCUAGCUAUUUUGAACUUCACCGCACUGCCCCCAGUUCGGAGCAGCUCAUGCGAUUGCUACGUCCUCAACCCUAUACCGGCCCCACAGCAGACCUUGCAUCCAUUGGGAUAUCAAGUGCGGCGCUUCGCCAAAGUCUACUCGCCAGUGCAACAGAAAUUGAUCAGCUUCUCCGACUUCAUGACGUUGUUGAGCACGAUGGACGUGCAUUCCUCCUCGAACCUUCUUAUGCCCGCGAGGUGUUGGACCACAUCCUCACGACUGCCGCAGCCGAGGAUUUGGAGUUGACACAGCUACCUUUGAAUGUGGUAGCCGGCAAGCUUGUCGAGUUUGACGUUCCUCACUUUGCCGUGCGCGGUGUCCUUCAUGCUCAUGGCGAAGAUCUCGGUGAUGGUCUUUUCAAAGUGGAUCCAAUCAAAGUCUGUCGCACCCGUGCCAUUGAAAUUUUCGUCGCGACCGACAACCCGGACUGGCAACUCUCAUCCUUCCUCAAUACUUGGCAAAACCUGGCUGGGGAUGAAUGUCCCGUGGAUGUAUCCAUGCUUGGGGGCUUGGCGCUCGUCUCCGAGCGGGCCGUCACAACUGGAGACGAGGACAACCGCAUUAUUACAUACUUUCCAGAAUCCGAGCUGCCCCAGCAAGUCAAAGCUCGUUUCCAAGCCUUGUUUCGCCAACAACCCAUUUGGACAGACGCUGAAAUUCGCCCCUAUCUCACACCACUUUCAACCAAGUACCAAACUGUGGAGCAAAUGCUACUCCAGCAUGCACGCCUGUUUACGCGCAAAGGCGUCAAGCUCUACAACGCCAAGUAG